AGAUAUGGAUACCGCUAUAAGCACACAACAAGCCCUCCGCGAACAGCAUCUUGUCGGAAAGCAGGUGAAAGGGGCCAAACAUCUCCUAGAAGUAGAAGAAACCUCUGAGCGCGGAAGAGGGAUUUUUGCAAGAGAAAACCUAUCCGCGGGGACGACGCUACUGGAGGAGCGGGCUUAUGCCACUGUUGUGGAUGACAAACAUCUCCAAUCGCACUGCAGUUUGUGCUUUAGUCCGAACGCGCGGUUUCGAUGUUCAAAGUGUACCCUAUUACAUUACUGUUCUCAGACGUGCCAGCGGAAAGACUGGACACUGCAUCGAAGUGAAUGCGCUUGCUUCCGAAGAAUUGCGCCCCGAAGACCCCCAACUGCUAUACGCGCACUCUGUCGGUUGUUGUGGGUGAGGCAAAAAUACCCCAAUUCUUUUGAUGCCAUAAAUGCAUUACAGUCACACAGCUUAGAUUACUCCAAAGAGAAGCUGGAGACUUUUGCCCAAAUGGCCGCUCUAAUUCGGACAAUAAUAGGAGAAGAAUCUUGUUUGCCACCCAGCGAAAUGAUCGAUCUGCUGUGUCGGUUCAGCUGCAACAGUAUCUCGGUGUCAGACGGGGAACUAGUCAACAUUGGGGUUGGGGUUUUCCCAGUUCUGUCGCUUGUCAACCACUCCUGUUCCCCCAAUGCCGCCAUCAUUUUUAACGGCGAAAGGGCCACAUUGCGAGCUAUUAAAAACAUUCAAGUUGAUGAGGAGAUCUGCCAAAGUUACAUGGAAAUUGCUGAGCCACGAUACGUGCGCCGAAAAGAGCUGAAAGAGACCUAUUUUUUCGAUUGUCGCUGCCCUCUGUGUCUGCGAUAUGACCAGACAGCGGACCCUCGAACAACCUAUAAUUGUGUAAGCUCCGGUUGUGCCGGAUUCAUCGAUUUACCUGAUCAAUUGGAGAAUGCCACAUGCUCGGUACACGGUCGUCUCUCCGCUGACCUUGAGGCAAAGCUCACCGAUGAGGUCACCAAAGCAUUCCGUCUUUACCGGAAAGCCGCAGAGGAGUCAGACCCGGAUCGCGCCCUCUCAACCGGUCUGGCUUGUUUGAGACUUCAAUCAAAACUAAUGCAUCCGGCGAACUCGGAGAUGAUUCGCACGCGUCGCCUGGUUCUUGAUCUCCUGUUGUCCCGCCAGAGAUGGGAAGAGGCUUACAAAGUGUCUCAUGACCUAUUGGAUGCCUAUCAAGCGCUUUACGAGCAACACCAUCCUUCUAUUUCUGUUCAGGCGUACAUGACAUAUAAGCUGGCGGAGUGGUGUCAUGGCGACGAUAUACAAUUGCUAUGUGCGAAGAUUAGCGAAGCAGUGCAACUAUUACUAGUGUCGCAUGGUGAUGGGCAAGCCCUAACUAAGGAGGCGAAACAGGCAUCGGAGAAUUGUAUCAUUCGUCGUGGUUCUUUGAAUACAUUUGGGUGAUCGUGGGCGUUACACCGUCG